CGAUAAACUUUUUAGGAUGCAUCUUGAUGUACUUUUCUGUAUGUGGACUACAUAGAGAAUUGGUUCUAAACUUGUAAUUAAAAUAUUUGGGUUCUAUAUGAAACAAAAUAAAUUAAGCGUUCGUUAAAUGAAUUAUUGUAUAAGUAAAGGGCCCAAACUGAUGAUUUCCUACUUAUUCAUGCCGUAUAUUGUAUUUUCAACCAAAAAGGGGUUUACCCACACUGCUCAAUAGAUGUUUAAUCCUCUGCGUCAUCUUCAUCUUCCUCGUCCGAUUCUUCCUCCUUUCACCAGUUCUCGAGUCUGCAGAAAAAUCCUUUCGAAAAGGAUGAGUACGAACCCUGCAAUGGAACCUAAAGUUCGCAAAUUCGAAUCCGUUGAAGGAGCUGAUAUUAAUUCACUAAGUAAAGCUGAUGGUAUCAGAUUCCGUCUCGUUUCGUAUAACAUAUUAGCUCAGGUUUAUGUGAAGAGCGCCCUUCUCCCUCACUCUCCACCUGCCUGUCUCAAAUGGAAAGCUCGUUCACAUGCAAUUCUCAGUGUCCUCAGAAAUCUCGGGGCUGAUUUCUUUUGUCUGCAGGAAGUAGAUGAGUACGAUAGCUAUUACAGAAAAACCAUGGAGUCUCUGGGCUAUUCUGGGAUUUAUAUACAGAGAACCGGUCAGAGGAAGCGUGAUGGUUGUGCAAUCUUCUACAAGCCAAGCUGUGCAGAGUUGAUCACCAAAGAACGGAUCGAAUAUAAUGAUCUCGUGGACUCAAUAAAGGCAGAUAGUGUUUCCUGCAGCAGCGAACAGAAGACUGAGACAUCCAACGAAGCAAAAGGAGAUGAGAAAGCGAAAGAAAAAAAAGAUUCUCGAAAAGACAGCCGUGACCUUAAUGAUCCACUAGUGAGACUAAAACGCGAUUGUGUGGGAAUAAUGGCUGCUUUUAGGAUCCACAAGCCGUUUCAUCACAUCGUUAUCGUGGCAAACACACAUCUUUACUGGGACCCGGAGCUGGCUGAUGUGAAGCUUGCACAAGCCAAUUAUCUACUUUCACGACUAGCUCAGUUCAAGACACUAAUAUCAGAUGAAUUCGAGUGCAAGCCUUCGUUGUUACUAGCUGGUGACUUCAAUUCAAUUCCUGGGGAUAAGGUGUAUAGUUACCUAGUAUCUGGUAAUUCGAAAGCUGCAGAGACCAUAGAAGAAGAGGAAGAAGAAGCUCCGGUUCCUCUGUGCAGUGUCUAUGAAGCGACGAGAGGAGAGCCCAAGUUCACAAACUGCACUCCUGGUUUCACAAACACACUCGACUACAUCUUCUUCUCUCCUUCAGAUUUCAUCAAACCUGUGAGUAUCCUACAACUUCCAGAACCGGAAUCUCCAGAUGUUGUUGGUUUCUUACCGAACCAUCAUCACCCGAGUGACCAUUUACCGAUAGGUGCGGAGUUUGAGAUCCGUCGGGAAUAGAGAAAGUGUUUGUUCUUGAGAAAGUUUUGGGAACUUUUUGUUCUUAAAGAAAAUUUUGAAGCAGUGAAACAUACACGACACAAAUUUUUGAAGGACUUGGAUUAAAUUGUCUCAAUACACUCGAAAGUUUUCGUUUUCGAUAAAAAAUUUAUUGGAUUUACUGAGAAUAAUUUCAAGAUUUGACCAUUGCCAAUAUGGGUUGUUAAAA